AUGGCUGAUAUUAUGGAUCUUUCGAAGCUCGCAUUUGUUAAGCUACCCUCGAAAAAAUUAGGCUCGGGCUCGGACUUUCUUCUCAACAGCAUCAAACAAGCCGAAAAACGGUCGUUCCCACCAAACGAAGCGUUUGACUUCAACGCAGAGCUCCCGAAAAGGACUACAAAUCUAUACUGCGCGUUUACUAAAACCGAGAACGAGCCCGAAUUGUGCGGCUAUAUUGUGUACGUACGUUCUAAACUAGUCACAAGGAUUCAUAAGGUCUGCGUUGUGGAAAAGAAAAGAGGCCAGGGUAUCGGGAGAUGGAUGAUGGAUCUUGUCCUGGUGGACUUAAAGAAGGGUGGGGCCGGAACUAUUGACCUCUGGGUUGAUAAAAAUAGAGAAAUCGCACGAAAGCUAUAUGAAGCGUGUGGAUUUGAGAAGAGAGAGCUCAUUGAAAAUUACUAUUCCGGUGGACGUGAUGCACUUAGGAUGGAGAUAAACCUGUGUGAUUGA